GUCGUGUUUUCGGACAUAUCGCGCCACCAGGUCAAAGGUCUGCUGCACAGGGGGCUCGACCUGUCCGUCGGAUCGAAAAAGAAGACUAGCGACGCGUUGAGAAGGAUUAUCAACGACUGGAUUAUCGUCCUCUAUUUUUCCUGAAUUUUGCCGUGAAUUUUGGCGGCUCGGGGAGUUGCGUCAUUUGCGGUUCUGCGUCCCCCCAGAAAAACGACAGUGCACUGCACGCGUUGGUCGCCGCCCUCCCGUCGUCGCGCCCGUCUCCACCACUUACCUUUCCUCUUCCUCUUCUCUCUCCCACGGUCUCCCGUCUCCCUUCCAUCUUUCCAACCUCCACCCACUCCAUUGACGUCUCGUCUUCUUUCUAUCUCUUGCAUCACCCGUCCCAUUGCGCAUUAUGGCCGAGGACACUCCCACCGCCUCCGCCCCUGCUGGAGAGCAGGUCGCUGAGCAGCGCGCGCCCGAUACUGAGGCCAAGCCUGCUGAGCAACCAGCUGCUGAAGCGCCUCAAGAGAAAGAGGCGGAGAAGACUGCUGAGCCUGAGAAGGAAAAGCCAGCUGCAGAGAACGAUGUGAAGCCAUCAGAGGAUAAGAAGGAGGAACCCGUCGAGGAGAAGAAGGAGCCUGCUGAGGCUCCAGCUGAACAAGCCAGCGCGUCUGCAGAGACCACUGACGCGAAGGAAUCGCAAGAGGCCGCCGCUACUCCUGCCAAAACUGAAGCUGCUCCUCAACCGGAAGCUAACGGAACGCCUGCGUCGACCAAGAAAAGUUCGAAGCGCAAGUCUGGUGGUAUCCCGGAACACAAGUCCAAGCCGAACAGAAGGAAGUCGAUCGCCAACCAGGUGCAAGCGAAACCUGGCGAGUACUACCUGGCGCGUCUUCGAAGUUUCCCCCCUUGGCCAUCCAUUGUUUGUGAUGAAGAUAUACUCCCCCAGAGUCUCCUUGAGUCGCGUCCAGUGAGUGCCUAUCGGGGUGAUGGAACUAUCCGUGAUGAAUACGCGGAGGGCGGCAAGCGCGCCCAUGAGAGAACUUACCCCGUGAUGUUCUUCCAGACCAACGAAUUUGCUUGGAUCCAGAACACAGCCCUCACUCCUACUGAUCCCGAGACCUGCAAGAACGUUAGUGAAAAGGGCAAGUCCAAGCAGCUUCUGUCCGCUUACCAUGUGGCCGCAGAGGGUCAUGAUCUGGAAUACUUCAAGACCGUUCUGGCGGAUCAUGACGCUGCGCUGCAGCAGGAGAUUGAGGAGCAAGAGGCCCGGGCCGCUGACAAGGCUGAAAAACAAGCGAAGAAGAGCAAGCGGAAGAGCAUGGACAUUGUCGAUGAUGGUGCUGAGGAUAUCGAGAUGGGGGAUGCAGAUGAUACGAAGAAACCCAAGAGCUCAAAGAAGCGCAAGAAGGAUGCUGGAGACGAGGAAGAAAAGCCGGCAAAGACGCCCAAGACCACCACUAAGUUGAAGUUAACAACACCCAAAACGCCUACUGAGGGUACCGGAAAGAAGGCGACUGGUGCCAGCAAGUCCAAGCAAUCCACUAGCGCUAAGAAGGGCGGCAAGGCAGCCAGCGACGAGGAUGCGGACGACACGGGUGCUGAGACCAAGGAACCCGAGAAGCCAAUCGACCCGCAAGAACUCAAGAACAAGAGAGAAAAAGAGGUUCUGUACAUCCGCCACAAGCUUCAGAAAGGCUUCAUCUCUCGCGACUCGCCGCCCAAUGCGGAGGAAAUGUCGGCUAUGUCAAACUAUAUCUCCAAGCUGGAAAGCUAUGGUGAUCUCGAGGUCGCCAUCAUCCGCGUCACCAAGAUCAACAAGGUUCUAAAGAUGAUUGUCAAGCUCAACUCCCUCCCCAGGGACGAAGAACUCCAGAUCCGGCAACGUGCGAUGACGCUGCUGUCCAAGUGGAGACACGAUCUUGAGGAUGUGCCUACCCCCGGUGACAACAAAGAAGGCAAGGCCAAGGCCAACGGCCACGCCAAGGAAGACAGCGUCGACACACCCACCAAGGAAGAAGAGAAGAAGCUCAAUGAAGAGAGCAAAGAGCACUUGGAUGAGCCUAUGCCAGAUGUUGAUGCUGCGGAAAAGCCCAAGGACUCGGAAGAGAAACCCAAGGAAGCUGAAGCCCCCAAGGAGGGCGAAGUAAAGGAAGAAGAGAAGGUUGAAGAUAAACCCGAAGCAAAGACUGAAGAGGAGACCGAGGUCGAAAAGGCACCAGAAGCUGACAAGAAAGAUAAGCCUGCCGCAACAGACAAACCAGCAGAGGAGCAGCCAGAAAAGGAGGGCGAAAAGACCGAGGAAAAGACCGAGGAGAAGGCUGCUGAAGCGGCAUAAACAUGUCGCUGGUGUGGUCAUGCUAAUUGUGAUGCUCCGGAAUUUCUUAUUAACUAGUGAUGGUAUCUCUUUCAAUAUCUUGUGAUGCGUUGAGUGUUUAAACACCAUUCGUGUUUUUUCUUGUGGCUAUUUAAUUCCUUUUGGGUUGAAU